GGCUGGUCUCUCUUACACGUGCAGGUCAUUCUGCAACUUCUGGGGCCGCUUUCGAUGGCGGCAGCCGCUCUUCUUGAAGUAUGAAAAGUUGCACGUGGCAAUAGCUGCAAUCCUCUGCCCGUUUAUCUCAGAAGGAGGCCAAUUCUUGAGCUCAGGGUCUGCUCAAGAGCCGUGUGAAGGAACCGCUGUUGCAACACCGGAAGCUGGGCGAGAUGUCGGGAGUGUUGAGCACAACGCUGAGCAGCCUCGACAGCGACUCGUACUGCGAGAUCAGCAUGUAUCGGGACCAGCACUUUCAGGGAAGUCGUUACCUGCAGGAAAAAUCCCUGAAAAACUCCUGCACACUUUAUGUGGGCAACCUCUCUUUCUACACCACAGAGGAACAAAUUCAUGAGCUCUUCUCCAAGUGUGGGGAUGUCAAGCGCAUAGUCAUGGGGCUAGACAAAGUGAAGAAAACCCCCUGCGGCUUCUGCUUUGUGGAAUACUACACGAGAGCAGAAGCAGAGCAUUCUAUGCGGUUCAUCAAUGGAACCCGUCUGGACGACCGCAUCAUCCGAACAGACUGGGAUGCUGGGUUUAAGGAAGGGCGGCAGUAUGGCCGUGGGAAAACAGGUGGCCAGGUACGAGAUGAAUACCGAAUAGACUACGAUGUGGGCAGAGGGGGCUUUGGCAAGAUUGUUCAGCAGCAGAAGGCAAAUCAGCAGUCAGUGAUCUACUAAUGGCUUUUUGGAUUGGGUAAAGAUAAUAAAAAAUAAUUUAAAAGCGGGGGGAGCUAUGUGAAAACGCAGCGAUCACAUUGCUAUGUGCAAGGAGGCUAGGAAAAGAGAAAGCUUCAAGAAACCAUGCACACAAAGCAGAGAGUCUAGCACCAUAACUCGGGAAAGAAAGAGUAACAACAUCUUGCUAGUGACUUCAGUAGUUCUUAACUUUCUGUCAUUGCACAGCUUUACUUCCUGUGGGUAUUUCUCCUUCCCAUGAAGAUUAACUUUACAGGCAUCCUAUUCAUUUACUUAGAGGUAAAUACAGUAAGAUUUAUUCCCACCUGCUAAGAAAAUACUUUCACAGCUCUAGUUCUCUUAUUCCCUGCAACUGCUGUACAGAGCUGCUAGUGAAGUGGCUGAUUCUAUACUGUUGAUGAACUCUAUCCUUGCCUCAGAUAUUCCUCGUUGAAUGUAUGAUACACUUUCCAGGGAAGAUAAAUCAACUUAUUUGUCUAGCAAAAAUUGCAGCUGGUCGUUAAAAUAAAGGCCAUUGUCUAUAACAAAGAGGUUAAUUGAUUGCAACUGUUUCUGCUUUCCUAUACAUUUGGUUUCUGUUCCUGGGUGACAACUUUGUGACCAUGGAAAUGCAGAACUCCCUCAUGAUGUGUAAUGGGGGAGUCUGUCGCCCCAUAAAGAUGGUGAGUCCCAGCAGCCCCAGACACUGGGCCUUCUGCUUGCUUUCUUUUUAGUGCGGAGGUUUUCGGUCUCUACUCUCUAAUUCCCUGCUGUCUGUAUUAAUUUGCAUAGACCAGCUGUAGUUUUGUAUGACCUGUAUUGAUUUGUACACCAUGGUUUCAGGAUGCAAGCACAGCACAUACCAUAUUUUAAUACACUAUUCCAUCAGACUGCAGUCUCCUUAAACUGUUCAGUUUCAAUGUGUUUUUAAUAAGAACUUUGUAACUAAGCCUGUUUGCUUUUUCUCUCCCACUCCAUCUCUUUUCCUUUUGUGCCUGGUCUUUUAGCAUGUAAACCUUAGGGCAGGGACUAUGUGGGGGAAAUAUGGUGAUGGGCAUUUUUAUACACCCCAAAACUGCUUGCUAUGUCAGCCCUAUAUGAGACUUGCUGACUUAUUUUGGUAUAUUAUUUCAGUAAAUAUUAUUCAAGAUGGCA